GAGCAGCCCCCCAGACGUGUCGUUCAAGCCCUUCUGGAGCAGCUACCGUAGCCCUGAGCUGCAGCAGCUGGUGCAGAGUGUCCUGCCGCCGGCGCUGGGCUCCGGGAGGGAGCUGGGCAGGGAUGCUGAGGGGACCUCAGGCCUCCUGGGAUCUCUCCUGCUCUUCUCCAAGCCACCACACAGGUGCAGCUGCUGUGACAAGGGCCUCCCUGCAGCCCAGCACCUAGGCAGCCACCUGAAAUGCUCAACGCUCUGCAGCCACAUGGCCCCAUGGCGGAUGUGUGGACAUCCAGGCGGCCUGCAGCACCAGCCUGCCCCUCCAUGCCCGGGCAAAGGGAAGCCAGAGGUGAGGCACUUCCCCUGCCGGAUCUGCGGGAAGCAGUUCAAGCGCUCGUCCACGCUCUCCACACACCUGCUCAUCCACUCGGACACGCGCCCCUUCCCCUGCCCCUUCUGCGGGAAACGCUUCCACCAGAAAUCUGACAUGAAGAAACACACCUUCAUCCACACAGGUGAGAAGCCUCACAAAUGCCAGGUGUGCGGCAAAGCCUUCAGCCAGAGCUCCAACCUCAUCACCCACAGCCGCAAGCACUCAGGGCACAAGCCCUUUGCCUGCUCCCUGUGCCCCAAGGGCUUCCAGCGCAAGGUGGACCUGCGGCGCCACCAGGAGACCCACGGGCUCUUCCAUAGCCCCGGGGGCAGCCAGGUGCUGGGCGCCCUCCGCUAGGGGCCGGGCAGGUGGGGCCCGGGCCACCCGGCCUGCAGGGGGAGCUGUGGAGGCCAGAGGAGAAACCCCAGAGUUGAGGGGGGUCCUGGAUCAUCCCCCAAGCUGCCAUCGCGCCCCGUCCCCCCUCGCCUGUAAGGUGCUGCUGGGACCUGCAACCACCAUGUGAUGGAGCCGGCAGCCGGCAGGAGGACUCAGCUGCCCGUCCUUCGUGUGGGCCCCUCUUGCCAGCCAGACCGUGGGUCCUCCCAUGGCUGAAGGUGGGCACAGUGGGACAGUCAGGGGGCCUGUUGGGGUGAGGGGGGAGCACCAGCCUGG